GCCUGGCCUUCCUCCAUAGCAAACUUGGAGGACUUAUUUAGGAUCCUCCUUUUUUCUUUCUACACUAAUUCCAAGAAGAGGACAAAGGUGCCUUCAGUAGACAGUUGUGGCUCCCCUACCCCACCUCACAGAUGCAUUAGGAAGCCUCAGGUGAGCAAUGGCAGGUGCUGGUGAGCGCAAAGGCAAGAAGGAUGACAAUGGCAUUGGCACUGCCAUUGAUUUUGUACUCUCCAAUGCCCGGCUGGUGCUGGGUGUGGGUGGAGCAGCCAUGUUGGGCAUUGCCACCCUGGCGGUUAAGCGGAUGUAUGAUCGGGCAAUCAGUGCCCCUACCAGCCCCACCCGCCUGAGCCAUUCUGGGAAGAGGAGCUGGGAAGAGCCAAACUGGAUGGGCUCCCCUCGACUGUUGAACAAGGACAUGAAGACAGGCCUGAGCCGGUCUUUGCAGACUCUUCCCACAGACUCAUCUGCCUUUGACACAGAUACAUUCUGCCAACCCCGGCCCAAACCAUUGGCCAGGAGGGGCCAGGUAGACUUGAAGAAAUCACGACUCCGCAUGUCCCUGCAGGAGAAACUUCUUUCUUACUACCGGAACCGGGCAGCCAUCCCUGCUGGAGAGCAGGCUCGGGCCAAGCAAGCUGCAGUGGACAUAUGUGCAGAACUCCGGAGCUUCCUGCGGGCCAAGCUGCCUGAUAUGCCACUUCGGGACAUGUACUUGAGUGGCAGCCUCUAUGAUGAUCUGCAGGUGGUGACAGCUGACCACAUCCAACUCAUUGUCCCCCUUGUGCUGGAGCAGAACCUGUGGUCGUGCAUACCUGGCGAGGACACCAUCAUGAAUGUCCCUGGAUUCUUUCUGGUCCGUCGUGAGAACCCAGAGUACUUUCCUCGUGGUAGCAGUUAUUGGGACCGCUGUGUUGUAGGUGGCUACCUCUCCCCAAAGACAGUGGCAGACACAUUUGAGAAGGUAGUGGCAGGCUCUAUCAACUGGCCAGCCAUAGGGUCCCUCUUGGACUAUGUGAUCAGACCAGCACCACCCCCAGAGGCCCUGACACUAGAAGUGCAGUAUGAGAGGGACAAACAUCUUGUCAUUGACUUCCUGCCAUCAGUGACUCUUGGUGACACUGUCUUGGUGGCCAGACCACACCGAUUAGCUCAGUAUGACAACAUGUGGCGGCUGAGCUUGCGUCCUGCUGAGACGGCACGCUUACGGGCUUUGGACCAGGCUGACUCGGGGUGCCGAUCUCUGUGCCUCAAAAUCCUCAAGGCCAUAUGCAAGUCCACUCCAGCUCUGGGCCACCUCACUGCCAGUCAGCUAACCAAUGUCAUACUCCACUUGGCCCAGGAGGAGGCUGACUGGUCUCCAGACAUGCUGGCUGACCGCUUCCUGCAAGCCCUGAGGGGACUCAUCAGCUACUUGGAGGCUGGAGUCUUGCCCAGUGCCCUAAACCCCAAGGUGAACCUAUUUGCAGAGCUCACUCCUCAAGAAAUAGACGAAUUGGGAUAUACUCUCUACUCCUCGUUGUCUGAGCCGGAGGUGCUGCUGCAGACGUAGGGCAGGUGAAGGCCGGAGUGGGCGUCGGGUGAUCAGACCCAGAGUCUCCGUUAGAAACACUUGGCUACAUGGUUAGUCCCUCACAGGGUCCCUAGGUGCCUCCUGUUUGCUGGUCAUUGUUCACUUCGUGCUGAUUAGAAUGACAUCCCUUUGGUUUUCCUACCCAUCCCUAUUUUUGUUACCAAAUACUGUGCUCCCUAUUGCUGCCUUGCUCUAAGCUGGUUUUUCUGGAACGAACAGAGAGAAGGUGGAGUGUUGGCCUCAAACUGUUGGGUGUUAUGUUUUUUUGCCCAAAAUUUCUUGCUCUUCUGUCUGCUCUGCACUGUUCUGCCCUUUGGCCUCUUAUUCUCUAUCUUCUCUGUCUUUCCCUUUCUUGGUCACACCUGGAGCCCCUGGAGCACAUUUGCCUAAUGAAGAUGUCGCCUGUGGUCUGUCACAGAAGAACUGAUUACAUGUUUUCAAGCAGCGUUCUGCCGAGUGAUGAGACAGUAUUUAGAUUCCUGGGGGGAGGUUGGCAAAGAGUCUCUGCCUUGGCAAAUCAGCCUUUGACUCUGGUUCCUGGAAAGCAAGCUCCCUUUCCCUCCCCUCUCCUCCUCCUUGCAAUUCCUGUGCUAAGACUUUUUCACCUGGGGCUGGUGCACUGACCCAUAUAAGAGUAGCUGGUGCAGUUAUUUUAUUGCACAUUGCGCUUCUUUAUGGCUGUCAGUGAGAGCACAGGGGGAGGGGGUUCUGUGUUCCCACUGUCUAUUUCUGUCUGUCGUUACUAAAGUCACUGACAGGGAAGGCUUGAGGGCUUCACAGGUAGCACCUCCAAGGAUGCUGCUUUCCUUUAUUGCCAACAGAAGAAGGCCUUGCUUUAGCAGUAGAGGUCAAGGGAAGAUACUAGGUGGCUAAGUGCCAGUAAAACCCGGUGACCAUGUUUUCUUCUUGACAGGCUCUACCUUUCUUAAAUGUUGCCUUAGAGCAAGAAUACACCCAGGGCCAAUACCUCCUACCUAACCCUGUCUUCAAUGACCUGAGAGUGUUUGCUGAGCAGUAUAGGUACCUUCACAGGCCAGAGGGGACGUGAACAUGUCAACCCUUGUCUCUUGCCUGUCUCCUGGGGAGAUUGGUGCUACUUAAGAAGAGAAUACAUAGAUAAGACACACAGGAAAGAGUUGGGGCUUCCCACAUUGCUGCUAAGACUGAUAUUUAUGGCUAUGUAAUUGUAUCCUCUGCGUUGGGGAAGGGAGGUGUUUAGUAUGUCAUGUCAGUGUGUCUUUUUCUUCUGUUCAUGACAAGAGUCAGCCUGGUUCAAAACCUGUAACUCUGGUUCUGAUUUGUUCAUCUAGCAUUUUGUUCUUCCAUCAAGUCUUUCUGUUUUCUCUACUCUUGCUACCUCUCCAUCAGUGUGAUUCUGGUGACACAUUCUGCAGCUGUGUUGGCCCUUCUUAAUGAGGGUGACAUGAAGUGAUUAUAAAUAGCACUGACCCUGAAGCAACCCACUUGAAAUUAGGGUAGCAAUAGAUACCUGCCUUUUUUUUUUUUUUAACCCCUCCUCCUCCCAUAGGUUAAGUGGUUGAACCAGGCUAUUUUUCUGCCUUUUUGCUCUUCUCUCAUAUAUAUGUAAAGACUCCUUCAGGAAUUUCUUUUUGAUUUGUGUAAGAUAGUAUGAGAAACUUGAAAGAGAUAAAGCCAAGAACCUUAACUGAAACAUGACCUCCUGGCUGUUUAUAAUGAUGAGAUGGGAGGUGAAGACAUGUGUUGUCUAGGUUGGACUGAGUAGAUAUAGAAGGGAUGUCUUGAGGGGUUCAAGGUUCUAGCUGGUGUCUGUUGGGGGAGGUGGUUGGUAGCCUGCUGCAAAACCAGAUUUUGUUUAGAUAGAUUUGGAUUUCCUGUCAUAAGUAUUAUAAGACUUUUCCAAACUCAUCUCUGAACUGAUUCCAUUUAAGAUACUGGAGAGAGUGCAAAAUGAAACACUAAAACUUGAAGAUGCUCCAGUUUUUAAAUGUCCCAAGUAAUCACAGCCAUAUAUCAUUAUGAAUUUAGGAAAAAGAAUGAAUUUAUCUCCUGUCUUUAGGAGCAGCUUUGACUAUGGACUGUGCUUUGCAAAAAUCAAAAUCUUCACUUGACCAUCUUACAAGCAGGAGCCUCUCAGAAGUCCUUAGAACAAGGAGAAGUGGGAACAGUUCUGUCCUGUGGGUUUGUUGAUUAGCUGGGUAGGCCUUCCUCUUUGCUGAGAGGUGGCCAAAUGCUCUGGGAUGCUUGGAUGGAAGAAAAUAAUCUGUCCCUCCUCUCUAACACUUGUUGAAAAAGCCAGUGGCUGUGCCACUGCUCUGCUUUUCUCUUGAGUAGCUCCCAAACUACAUACUCAACUUCAUACCUAAAACUGUACUCAUUACCCUAAUACCAAGCAAGUCCCAGGUUUAUUUUGGUUCUUUGUUGCCCUUUCUCAAAAACAGAAUUCAGGAUAGCAGUAUUUUUCUUCAUAUUAACAAUUGAGACUUUUUUUAAAAAAUAAAGAUGGAAAAACUGUUGGAGACCCAUUAUCUCCUCCAGUGUGGCCCUGGAUGAUUUUAGUCCACUGCAAUCCUCCAAAGAGCUCAGGUGGUUAAGGUGAAACAGCUUCAGGAACAAGGGCCCUGAGAGCAGGGGUGCUCCAUGUGUUCAGAGCCUUCUGCCAAGGUAUACUUCCUUAGGAUUACAACUUGAUAGGACUGAGAGGAUCUGCUAUAAUUCUAGCUUGUUUUACUUAAAGCUCAAGGUUAAGGUAAAUGAUGAAGCAAUGGGGACUAGAGUUGACCCUUUCACCAGGCUGGGAGGUUGUAAGCCUCUUAGACUUACAAAUGGCCAAAAUACCAGGAUUGUAGGUUCAGUAUUUUACUACAGACUUGGGGGUGAGAUGGGUGUUAAGUUUUACUUUGAUCAUCUUCUAGUCUUUAAACUCUUGGUCUCUGAGGCCAAGUCCACAACUUGCCUUCUUCCCUGCCCUUCCAGGGUGGCCAGUGUGUUAAGCUGGUAGAAUGGAAUCAGUCACCAACCUUUGUGUCUUGUCUUGGCUGGGUCCAUAUAGGAUCAGCUUAGCUUUGAGGCCCAGAGAACUUUAUUCCUUUUUCUCCUUGAAGGAGGAAACUCAACUGGGAAAAACAGCAUCUUCUGCAGCAUGGGAAGAAGAAAAUAAAAAUCUCCUUUCCAACAA